UUGAGAGCCCUAGCUAGAAGGGCUUGCAUCGUUCCACGCUGCGAGCGAGAGGGAUAGCGAGAAAAGCUUCGCAUGCGCCUGCGAGUUAGGGACAUAGAGGAAGGGAAGGAAGAGGAGGAUAAGAGAAGAAGGGCGAUGUCAAGAUCUCUGCUCCGCCGGAUAACGCCGUUAGUUCACGGCCGGAUACAACGGAACCAGAGGCUCCUGUGCUCCGCCGCGGAGGAAUUGCCAUCGGAAAGCCCGGAUGCCGUUCGCAUGACGGAAAACUGCAUCCGAAGAUUGAAACAACUGCAUGCCAAAGAAUCAUCUGCUGAGGGGAAGAUGCUUCGGUUAAGUGUCGAAACUGGUGGAUGUUCUGGAUUCCAGUAUGUCUUUUUGCUUGAUGACAAGAAAAAUGCAGAUGAUAGAGUCUUUGAGAAGGAUGGUGUUAAGCUGGUGGUUGACAACAUCUCCUAUGACUUUGUGAAAGGUGCAACCAUUGAUUAUGUUGAAGAAUUGAUUCGUUCUGCAUUCCUGGUGGCAACCAACCCAAAUGCAGUAGGGGGCUGCAGCUGCAAAAGCUCUUUUAUGGUCAAUUAAGCGCCAGGAUGGUGGGAAGCACCUCCUUCCAUCGCUACACAGAUGUUUUCCACUGCAUUUGACUCUGAUGUCCUUUACUUGCUGUACUAAUUGAUAAUAACAGUAUACUGAAUUGAGUCAGCAUUACGUACCUCUUCAUUUUUGUAAAAUUUGAGCUUGUUAAUGGCAGAAUUGUUUAUCCACAAUAACAUUAACAGUUUGAUGCUGUUGCCUGGUA